CGAGUGACGACGAACGAACUGGGACCCGAGCGCGAUACCGGGUCGCUCAUCCGGGAGCCGCUUCGCCGCACCCAUCGCAUCGUGCCCGUGGCGGAAGACAGGGCCACCGCUCAAAAGAGACCGCGCUGCGCUUACGCUCCGUACUCGGCGGCCGCGUGCUGGCACGUUCAUUCAGCGCGGAGUCGGCCGACCAGCAGCGCCGGCGUCGUCGUUACACCGCGGGAACACCCUUCGGCGCUAACACACGGCAAACAGGCCACCAUGUCCGGCUACGGUGGGCCCUACGUGAUCUAUCCAAACUGGAAUGCCUACGCGGCGCACACGUUGGCUACCGCGCGGAACGCGCUUGAGGAACGCGAGCGGAGACUCAGCGAAGAAAGAGCACGCCGAGGAGAACACCAAGGCAAUGCCAUAAAGGUGGACGCCGUGGAGCUUUACUCCAAGGACAACGCCAAGCACCACCACACGGAAAUGUUCGACUCCCUGGAGCGGAGCGACCCGCCGCUCAUCAUACGCCGUGGUCAACCAUUUCUUCUAGCCAUCCGCUUCAAGCGUGAAUACCAGCCGGGAGUUGACGACGUCUCCCUCGACUUCAGCAUCGGUCCCAAGCCCGAGAUAAGCAAGGGGACCUCCGUGAGCCUGCGCGUGCCGGACACCAAGGGCGACUUCAGCCGGGCUCCGCAGAGCUGGGACGUGCGCCUGACGCACCACGACCGCGCCGUCAUCUGCGUCCAGGUGUUCGCUCCGGCCAACGUGAGCGUGGGCCUUUGGCGGGUGGCCGUGCUUAGCUGGUCGCGCGCCAAGCCGGAGGCCAAGGACAAGUACCGGCAUCCGUCCGACAUCUACGUUCUGUUCAAUCCGUGGUGCAAAGAUGACCUGGUGUACAUGGAUAACGAAGACUGGCGACGAGAGUACGUACUCAAUGAUGUUGGCAAGGUGUACGUGGGGUCCUCGAAGCAACCAUGGGGUCGGCACUGGAUUUUCGGUCAGUUUGAAGACAUUGUGCUGCCCACGUGCUCGCUCGUCCUGGACAAGUCCGAGCUCAGUCACGCCGCCAGGGCCGAUCCGGUGAAAGUGGUCCGCGCCAUCUCCGCAGUGGUGAACAGUAAUGACGAGGGAGGCAUCGUCACUGGCAACUGGUCUGGCAACUACGAAGGGGGCAUAUCGCCGUCGAUGUGGACCGGAAGUAGCGCAAUCCUCGAGCAAUACGUCAAAAAUGGUGGCACCUCCGUCAACUACGGGCAGUGUUGGGUCUUCGCUGCCGUCUGCAACACCGUGUGUCGUGCGCUCGGAAUCCCAUGCCGUCCGGUUACUUGUUUCGAGUCUGCUCACGACACAGACGAGACUCUUACCAUCGACCGUUACUUCGACGAGGAAGGCAAAGAAGUGGAGGGCCGCACCACGGAUUCCAUAUGGAAUUUCCACGUGUGGAACGAAGUGUGGAUGGCAAGGAAGGACCUCCCACCGGGCUACGGCGGAUGGCAGGUUAUUGACCCCACACCGCAGGAACGCAGCCGCGGCUUCUACCAACUCGGCCCGUGCUCAGUGAUGGCCGUCAAGAAGGGCGAGGUAGGCUACAACUACGACUCACGAUUCGUGUUCGCAGAGGUCAACGCCGACGUCAUCCACUGGAAAAGAGACCCCGCAAGUGACUUUGGUUGGUCUCGAAGCAUGACACUAACGUAUCAGGUGGGCCAGGCAUUGUUGACGAAGAAAGCAAACGUUCCGAUCCAGGAAGGCAUUGGAGAUGCCGAGGACAUCACGCACUAUUACAAGGACAAAGAAGGGUCGAAGGAAGAGCGUCGGACGGUGCUGAAGGCGGUGCGCCAGGGCGCGCUCGGCCCGCUGAUCGACCUGCCCGUCGAGCCGAAACAGGACGUUUCGCUGAAGAUGCGGGACAUCGAGAGCAUCAUGAUCGGCAAGCCGUUCACCGUGACCGUCAGCAUGCGCAACGAGAGCUGGGAGCAGCGCACUGUCUACACAGUGCUCUCCGCCUCGUCCGUCUACUACACGGGAAUCCUGGCGGGCAACAUCAAGCGCACCACGGGCACAUUCUUGCUCCGGCCGCAGCAAGAGGAGGUUUUGACAAUGACGGUGCAGCCCGAGGAGUACCUCAAUAAACUGGUGGACUUCGCAAUGGUGAAGAUAUACGUCUUUGGAAACGUCAAGGAGACAGGAGAAAAAUUGUCUGAUGAGGACGAUUUCACUAUCACGACGCCGAAGCUGGACAUACAGGUUGACGGACCAGUGAAGGUCGGCCAUCCAUGCAAAUUCGUAAUGAGCUUCACAAAUCCCCUGAACGUGCCCCUUCGGGACUGCGUAUUGGCCGUUGGAGGCACUGGCUUCACAAGCGCACCAUUCGUUCCCGUCCCGAACGUGGCACCGCGUGCAGAAUGGGUAUACCGGCAGACGCUCUUGCCCGUGAAGUCCGGACCGCGCAGCGUGGUGGCCGUCUUCAACUGCCGAGAGCUGUCCGAAAUUCCAGGUUCUGUGCAGAUGGUGGUCGAAGGGUCGCCCGCACCGACGUUCGGCGGCGCGCCGAAUCACGCAACUACAUGGCUGCCACGGUUUCACUGGGAGUAAUCGUCGGCGGAGACGCGCUUCCGCUCGUGAUGCCCAGACCGUGUUGUGUGUUAGAAGUGAGCCUUGUAAUGGCCAAUAAAUCGCGCGUGUUUGUCGUAUAUGACGCGA